AUGGCGUUGUCGCAUGGCGUCUUCCGCUUGCUUCCUUGGACCUCGAGCUUGGGGGUUAAUAAGAUCGCGCCCGAGAUGCUAGUUAGCACCGCUCCGCAUAAGUCGCCCGCCAUGGGGAGCGCACCUCUUCAGUUGCUCAAACGGAAACGAACCGACAACCACGAGAUUUUCACCGUCAUUGAUGAACCUCACGCGAAACGUCGUCUCGAAUCGUCCAAUCAAUUACCUCUGACUGAAUUAAAUGGGAUCAAUACCGCUAGCCUGCCGACGCCGCCCAGUCAUGACGAAGCCAGCCCGGACUCGGCGUCGUCCGCUCCUAUAAAGACCAGCAUCGAACCAAUGUCUACUUCCUCGCAAAGCGAUAUUCACGAAAAAGAGAAUCCUUCCAAGGCGGCGGCGACCAUAGAUAUGAAUGCUUUGCGCCAGUCGUUGGAUGCUCAGCUGAGUUUGGAGGUUCUUUUAAAGCAUAACGAGCUGCGUCUUAUCGACCAGGAGAUUGCGAAAUGCCAGGUGGCCUUGGAACAGCUGCGUCGAUGUGCAGAGAUACCCUAUCCCGGAUCAAGCGUUCAAGGUCUCUCGCAGGCGGUGAGUGAUGGUUCAGGGCAUGCAGUCCCCUAUUCAGGAACAGGUCCGCCACCCGUUUCGCCUGCACCCUGGGGUGUGGCUGACGGCCCUUAUUCUCGACACUAUUCUAAAUGGUUGCUGCCCGAUCCACGUUUUGAUGGCGGCGAAUCCCCCGAUUUGCCUCCUACUCCAAACACGGCCUCGGAGUCAUCACGGUACACCCGUGGAACAUUCACCGAAAAUGGCUACGUGGCAGGAAAAUCCCGGGCUCAGCGUGGCAGUAUGAGCACUAGGCUGCAGUCACUACCGAAUGGCUAUCCUGUGGUCAAAGAGAAAGCUGGUCCGAUGGUCAUUAAGCGGAAGAGCGAUAACAAACAAGUGAAACUUGUUUGUCUGGACUGCCGAAGGUUCGAUUUCUCCAGCACUCAGGGAUUUAUCAACCACUGCCGUAUCGCACAUAGCCGCACCUUUGCUAGUCAUGAUGCCGCUGCUGAAGCAUGUGGAGAGCCGGUUGAUGUCGACGAAGCUGGAGCUAUUAUCGGUGGUGGUGGUGGUGGUAGUGGUGGUGGUACUACGCCGAAUGAACCACCUAUCGUUUCUAACCCCGGGUCUGUGCAUCCUCUGGUUCGAACAGCACAUACUGUGACGCCCACUCCGCUACCCAUUGCGACACCUGUUUCGAAGGUGGCGAAGCCAAAGAAGAACCACACCCGGACUCCAUCCUCGCCAUUCAAAGCUUCACCUGCUACGCCUCAUCUUUCUUGUUUACUGUCCGACCUUGGCUCGAAGCUGAAUCUGGAUGAAAUCGUCGCUGAUGCCAAGACGCCAGUAGACUUGAGCGAGUUCAUGUCGGAGGGCGAAUCCGAUGAUGAGGGUGAUUCUGAGGGUACAAAGGUUAGUCCAGGCGCAAGGUUACCUGCACGCACAACCAUGCCGCAGGCUAGCGCCAGCCAACGACCGACCAGUAGCAAGCGGCAUGAGACCUCACAGGCCUUAGAUUCUACUCCUUCGAAAGUGUCUGCAUCUGUGCAGUAUCCUCAGGCUUUCUUGCCAAGUGCGCUGCAGCUUGAAGAAUCCGGUGGUUUGAUUCAUAUGGAUGACAACCUCAGUCCCGUUACGGUAGAAUCACAUCAAGCGCCUAGUCUGGUUAGCGAUAAUGAAGAUGAUGAAUAUGGAGCAGCUUCGGAUUCAGACAACUUCAGCUCUAGGUCAUCAGACGAUGGCCAUGAUGAUGACGAGGACGAUGAUGACAUUGAGGUAGAGGACGACGAAGCUUCGACAACUUCUAAGAAGACCACUCAUGAAGUGACCACUUUCAAGCGAAGUCAAGAAAAGAAGCGUGAGCGUGUUCUUCCACCUGCAAUUGUCUCAUUGAAUCCUGGCGGAAAACGUCAGAACCCGCCCAAGUCAAAGAAAGCUGGCAACCCGAAGAAGGGCAAUUAAAUCUCUACUCCUACCACCUUUUAAGUCGUUACGACUCGAUGACCUUUUUUUACUCCUUUUCUAAUAUAUAUUUGAUUGAGAUCAUCUCCUUUCUUCCCAAUGUGUUACUCCCCGAUAUGUUUUUUUUCUUCAGAUAAAUUGUUACUAAUCAUUUUUUCCCCUCUCUUCUUGUGACCUGAUUAAGGAGCGGGAGUCGUCUGUGGGACCGGCCGGUUUUGGUUGGGGGGAUAUUGUGUUUGUUGCCUACCGGCUGGGCUGAGAUCAGCUUUCUUGACUUUAAAAGAAUGACCUGGGAGGCUGUAUGAAGUUGUUUUUCUGGGACCUAGAGCCGGGUUCCUGUGCUACUUUUUCUCUGGUAUGAUGAUGUUACGAUAGGUCUACAUGACAAAGAAUACAAUACAAUAUUCAGAC